AGUACCUUUGAAAGAUCAAAAAAUGUAAUACUUUCUCGUUAGUUUCUAAUACGAUUCACUAUUGGAAUUACUUAUUAGUUACUUCAUACAAACAUUUUCAGUCUGAAGUUUUUAUUUAUAGAAUCAUCUGUGUUGUUUAUAUACAAGCAAGAUGCCUAGCUGUUGUUGUGUCCAUGGAUGCAAAACUAAUAAAUACGAUAAUGUACGGAUGAGGAUAUUUCCAUCAGUUGAUUCUCCAUUAUUUGAGCAAUGGAAAAUGGCUACAAUGAAUCCUUCACUGUUAAAUAUGGACAAUCAGAAAAUAAGAAAAAAAAUGAAGGUGUGUAACCUUCAUUUUUCUGAAAAGUAUAGGUUGAAACCUGUAUUCCUCAAAUAUGAUUUUCCAAAGUUGACAGAGAAUAUUAUUAAAGUAGAAGUGUUGCCUGAAAAUAAGAAUGUUGAUCACAUCAAUAGAAUUAUUUGCAACAAUAUAACUUUCAAUGAUGAUACUGAUAUUAAUAUGGAUCACUCAUACUGUACUAAAGUGGCUGAAAAUAAUGAUUUUCAAAUAAAUUCGCAUGUGGUACAACAAAUGAGUGUUGAUGAGAAGUCUGCUGUAAAUGAUAUAAAUGAACAGCAAAACCAGAGUAUUAGCACAAAAUUACAUAGCUGUUUUACAGAGGCUGAAAAUAAUGAUUCAGAAAUAAUGAGGAAUUCCCAUGAAGAAGAUGUGACACCAAAAAUGAUUGUUGAUGCAAAGGCUUUGGAAAAUGUACGUAGAAGGACGAAAUUGCUGAAUAGACAAUAUUAUUUAGAAAAACUGGUUAAGAAAUAUAAAGCAGAAUGCAAGGAAUUUUCAAAUUUUAAAAACAUGAACGGAAGCGUUCAAAAUUUCUUUAGAAGCCAAUUGCGCAAUGCCGGAAAGAGAAGUCGUGGAGAAAAUUAUACUUUAGAAGAUAAAGUUUUGGCUCUCAGUAUUUACAAGCACAGUACAUCGUGUUAUAAAUUCUUAUCACGUAUUUUUACGUUACCAUCAUUAACUACAGUCAUGAACUUUAAUAAACAAAUUAAAAUUGAGACUGGAUUAAAUGUUUAA